GUUUCCUAUCCCAUGUGACGUCUGGACUGAGGUUAUUCAGACCGUCUGGAUUUAUUCGUCGUAACGUGGGUUUGGUGUGUGCUGCUUAAUCGGUGUCAUUUUAUGGCGUUUGCAUUUGAAACGCAUGUAUUGAUGGCGUCUAAAUGGCUUGCUAAUCCCCUGGAGCCACCGAACCUGUUCAUUUAGUCGUUUACUGGUCAGAUGAAGCCAGCUGAAGUGCAAGCGAGACAGUUUUUUGACCAACAACAGCAGCAGAUUACAACAUUACAAAGUUCAAAGACGAAGUAGUGGGGUCGUUGUCUCUUGCCUCAAGACUCAUCGCUUCCCUGGCUUCAAGUCGCUUGGGUGCGCUAAACACGAGUGACGUCCUACGGGAGGCACCAAAAGAAAAGCUAUCAAGCCUUCCCAGUAGAUCCAUUUGAGCGGCCUGGCGGAAUCAUGAAGCUCGAGGCAAGAAGAAGCUGCACGACUACGGUCUCCACACCCGGGCGAUGCGCCCCGGAGCCGGUCAAUAACGUCAUGGGUGAGCCCGCAUACUCAGACCUGAGCGGACCACUGAAAGCCAAAGUCACAAAGCAGAGCUCUAGGGAGAGCUUGCAGCGAAAAAACACGGAAUGUGAGGUGUAUGACGAUGGGACCAACACGUUUUUCUGGCGGGCUCACACCGUCACUGUUCUGUUUAUCCUGACGGGUGCGCUGGUAUACAUCACGCUUUUAGAGGAGACGCCGCAGGACACUGCCUACAACACUAAAAGAGGGAUUGUGGCCAGCAUAUUGGUGUUUCUUUGUUUUGGGGUCACACAAGCAAAAGAUGGACCCUUCACUCGACCACAUCCGGCAUAUUGGCGCUUCUGGCUAUGUGUGACUGUGGUCUAUGAGCUCUUCCUCAUUUUCAUCCUCUUCCAGACGGUGCAUGAUGGACGGCAGUUCAUGAAGUACAUCGACCCCAAAUUGGGAGUGCCCCUUCCUGAGCGUGACUAUGGUGGAAACUGCCUCAUCUACGAUCCGGGCAAUGCCACUGACCCAUUUCACAAUGUCUGGGACAAAAUGGACGGCUUUGUUCCAGCGCAUUUCCUGGGAUGGUACAUAAAAACGCUAAUGAUCCGCGACUGGUGGAUGUGUAUGAUCAUCAGCGUCAUGUUCGAGUUCCUUGAGUACAGCCUGGAGCACCAGCUGCCAAACUUUUCCGAAUGCUGGUGGGAUCAUUGGAUUAUGGACGUGUUGCUGUGUAAUGGUCUGGGCAUCUACUGCGGUAUGAAGACGCUGGCGUGGUUGUCCAUGAAGCCUUAUCAGUGGCAGGGCUUGUGGAACAUUCCUACUUAUAAAGGCAAGAUAAAGCGAAUUGCCUUCCAGUUCACCCCAUACAGUUGGGUGAAGUUUGAGUGGAAGCCCGCAUCCAACCUUCGCCGCUGGCUCGCUGUUUUAGGCAUCAUAUUCAUGUUCCUGUUGGCUGAGUUGAACACCUUCUACCUGAAGUUUGUGCUGUGGAUGCCUCCGGAACAUUACUUGGUGCUGCUAAGGCUUGUCUUUUUUGUCAACGUGGGAGGCGUGGCCAUGCGGGAGAUCUACGACUUCAUGGACGACCCAAAGUUUCACAAGAAACUCGGCCAGCAAGCGUGGCUGGUGGCGGCCAUUACGGUGACCGAGUUCCUCAUCGUGCUGAAGUACGACCCCAACACCAUCAUGUUGCCUAUUCCCUUCUUCAUCACGCAGUGUUGGCUGCUGGGCCUCCUUGUCAUCCUCAUCUGGACACUGUGGCGCUUCUUCAUUCGCGACAUCACACUCCGCUACAAGGAGACGCGGCGCCGCAAACAGGAGGAGCCUGCGGAGCGCCCGCUGGGAAACGGCGCCUCCUCAGGCCGCAGCAAACUCAACGGCAGCUCCGACGUCCUGCGCCACAGAAAGUCCUGAGUGGACGAAACCGGACGAGUAGCACAGCCGCAAUUUUGAUUUGGAGGCACACUUUUGUUGUUGUUGUUGUAUUUUAAGCUCGUUCGGGAAUCAUACUUGAACUCUUCUUUAUUUAUACGCAACACUUUCGGAUGUUGACGAAGACGGCGGAAGAAGAGAAGACCUGACGGUCGCCGGGUCCCGCAAACCAUCGCUCCGAAACGCGAGCAAUGGAACUAAACUCGGCGAGAUUGCCGUUGUUGGUGGCCAGCGAGGAAGUGUUUCCCGACAUUUGCGUUUGUCGUCCAAAAACAACAAAAAAAAGUUCAAAUGAAGUUCAUCUUCAAAGGUUAGUUGCCUCAAAUUUCAUCCCAGACUUAUUGUGACUACGGUAGUGCUUUUCAGUAACUGAAAACUAGAUUGGGCUAACUCCAUUUUGUCUUUGGGGAAAAUAAAAGGGAAAAAAAACGGAUUAAAUCCAGAUAUAUUUCAUGCAUAAUCCAUCAUUGCACCCAGCAUUUUUAACUUGAUGUCAGUACAUUUACGUGUUCCCAAGUAAACAUUAUUUCCCUUUCAUGAAAUACUGAUGAAUCCUUGGAAAACUAUUACACUAAGGACGCUUUCACACUUGGUCGGUUUUAAAUGGACCAGAGUUAUUUUCUCUGAUAGGCCACUAAUGUGAAUACGCAUCUGAACUCUAGUUCGGACCAAGCAACCGAACUCUGGUCUGCUCAAAAAUUGUGGGUCUCGGUCUUCUUUAAGCGCUAGUGAAUCAGAGCAGGGUGCGCUUUUGCUACUUUAUGUGCAGCGUCACAGCAUUGAUGCUCUAGGCCAGUGCUUGUGGAUUAUUUUCUGUUACAUUCCUCUGAGAAAGACAUAAACGUUUCGCCCCCCCUCCCCCAACUCUGCCACCACUGUAAAUACUAUCAUUUGUCUAUAAAAUUUUAUAAGUACGUACGCCUCUGCAUAACUUGGUGUCCUUUUUUUGAUUAAAGAAAAAAUGUAAUAUAGAUUAACUUACAAUUAAGUAUACCUUUAUUAACAAUGUAACAGAAAAGACUUAAAAGCGCAUCAAUUUGCCUGAAUUAAAAAAAAAAAUAAAAAAAAAGUCACAUUUAAACUGUAAAAAUACACUUAAGGUACUUUUUGACCAUUUGAUACUGAAAAACGAAAUUUAAUAAAAUCAAUAAAUAAUAAUAAAAUUUAAAAAAUCAAGCAGCUUAUCAAUGUGAUUGGGGUCUAAUGUCUUUAAGUCAGGGGUCCCCAACCUUUUUUGCACCACAGAUCAGUGUGAUAUGGGUCUUUUUUUUUUCACGGACCGGUGUUCUGUCAAGUUUUUCACCCUUAUAAAAUUUUGCUCCCAAAGCUUUUGUGGCAGUUAAAAAAAAAAAGCCCUCUUUUAUAUUCAGUUGGACUCUCAAUGAUAUCCAACGGUGCUAAAAAAAACUAUUAACAUCAUAAACAUACAUGUGCAACACGAAAAUGGCGUAAGUUAAUGCUUAACAACACGGCGAAGUCGUUAAGUGAGAGCUGCGUGCAGUUGUUGUGUGCAGCUAACAUGGCAAACGUAAGUUAAUAUUCCUUUCUUUAAAGAAAGUUUGUAGUGUGUACUUUGGAAUCUCUGCAUUCGCGGUCAUUUUUAACGUUACGCGCAUGCCAAAUUAGUCAAAACACCGGCAAUGUGCGGCAGAAAAAUAUAGCAAAUAUAAAAUAAUAAUUUUUUUUAGCCCCGUCGUGUUAAGUGCGGGGAAAAUACAACUCACCCGCGGAAUCAGUGGGAGGCCUGAGCUUGUUUCGUUUUAGACUAGAUGAUCCCAAGAUUGGAGAGUGAGAGAAUCCCGCUUCACAAAGAUACGAUGUUGGAAAUUGUAGCACAGUUUUCAGCGCUCUCCUGGCAAUGGAUAUUCCGAAAUGACUUCUAAACCUCGGUAGAGUUGUUGUCUGAAAUGUACGUUUAAGGUCACCGUGAUUUGCGAUCUCUACAAGCUGGUAUUCCUGUUGCACAGACAUGGUUGAAUCACUCGGUUUAUUCACAUACAGUUGUGGUCAAAAGUUUACAUACACUUGUGAAGAACAUAAUGUUAUGGCUCUCUUGAGUUUCCAGUUAUUUCUACAACUCUGAUUUUUCUCUGAUAGAGUGAUUGGAACAUACUUCUUUGUCACUAAAAAACAUUCAUGAAGUUUGGUUCUUUUAUGACUUUAUUAUGGGUGAACAGAAAAAAGUGAUCAAAUCUGCUGGGUCAAAAAUAUACAUACAGCAGCGCUAAUAUUUGGUAACAUGUCCCUUGGCCAUUUUCACUUCAAUUAGGCGCUUUUGGUAGCCAUUCACAAGCUUCUGGUUGAAUCUUUGACCACUCCUCUUGACAGAAUUGGUGCAGUUCAUUAAAAUUUGAUAGCUUUCUGACAUGGACUUGUUUCUUCAGCAUUGUCCACAAGUUCUCAAUGGCAAGGCCAUUCGAAAACCUUAAUUCUAGCCUAAUUUAGCCAUUCCAUUACCACUUUUGAUGUGUGUUUGGGGUCAUUGUCCUGUUUGAACACCCAACUGUGCCCAAGACCCAAUCUUCGGGUUGAUGACGUUAGGAUAUCUUGAAGAAUUUGAAGGUAAUCCUCCUUCUUCAUAAUCCCAUUUACUCUGUAAAGCACCAGUUCCAUUGGUAGCAAAACAACCCCACAGCAUAAUACUACCACCACCGUGCUUGACGGUAGGCAUGGUGUACUUGGGGUUAAAGGCCUCACCUUUUCUCCUCCAAACAUAUUGCUGGGCAUUGUGGCCAAACAGCUCGAUUUUUGUUUCGUCUGACCACAGAACUUUCCUCCAGAAGGUCUUAUCUUCAACUUCAGUCGAGCCUUAAGGUGCCGCUUUUGGAGCUAGGGCUUCUUUCUUGCACGGCAGCCUCUCAGUCCAUGGAGAUGCAAAACACGCUUGACUGUGGACACUGACACCUGUGUUCCAGCAGCUUCUAAUUCUUGGCAGAUCUGCUUUUUGGUGAUUCUCGGUUGAAUCUUCACCCUCCUGACCAAUUUUCUCUCAGCAGCAGGUGAUAGUUUGCGUUUUCUUCCUGAUCGUGGCAGUGACAAAACAGUGCCAUGCACUUUAUACUUACAAACAAUUGUUUGCACUGUUGCUCUUGGGACCUGCAGCUGCUUUGAAAUGGCUCCAAGUGACUUUCCUGACUUGUUCAAGUCAAUGAUUUGCUUUUUCAGAUCCAUGUAUGUACAGUAUAUUUUUGACCCAUCAGAUUUGAUCACUUUUUCUGUUAACCCAUAAAAAAAUCAUAAAAGAACCAAACUUCUUUUUUGUGACAAAGAAGUAUCUGUUCCAGUCACUCUAUCGGAGAAAAAUCAGAGUUGUAGAAAUAACUGGAAACUCAAGAGAGCCAUGACAUUAUGUUCUUCACAAGUGUAUGUAAACUUUUGACUGUAUCACUGGGUUAAGAGAAUUUGGUAUAUGGCAGUCAGAUGGUGCAGCAAGAAGUGCGGGAAGAGAGAUGUUUUCACAGGAGUCUAGCUCCAAAGACAUCCAACCCUACUUUUUUAAUAUUAAAAAGAACACAAUGUUUUGCAGAGUUGUACUUAUAAUAAUAAGAAUUUUAUAUACAAAGGAUACUACAGUAUAUUUACAGUGGUGUCAGAGAG